CUGGCAACUGCAGUUAACACCACAAGGCGAAAGGCUACUGCUAGCUAUGGCGAAAUUCGUACUGGCAGGAAAAGCAGACUGUCCAUAUUAUGCCAAAGCAGAACUUCUUGCGGAUUAUCUUCAGAAAAAUCUUCCCUACUUCAGAGUGCACAAAAUUACACAACAUCCUGAUGAUUGGGAGCAAUGGUUAGCGGAGUUGUGUGAAAACAAUGGCUGGAAACACAAGAAAUCCCCCAUAAUUUGGAGAGAGCUUUUGGAUCGAGGAGGAAAGGGCUUGCUUAUCGGGGGAUUUAAUGAUUUCAUGGAACAUGCUCAGGAUUAUUAUAACGUCACGUCCGCAAUGGUGAGUGCACAAAUGAAGGAAAUUGCAUCUGAGAACUAUGAGACUCACAUUGAAAUUCAAAGAGAAGAGGAACACAUUAAAAACAGAUUUAACCCUUUACAUGUCUGGAUAACUAGUGCAUCAUUGCCUCCAUGCUACAAUCUGAUUCCAAUUCUGGCCAGUGGAGAAAUCUUUGGGAUGAACAAUGAGAUUUGGUUGCAUUUGUUGGACAGCGCCCAGUGCAUGGAUAGUCUUUCUGCUGUAAUUAUGGAAACCCAAGAUUUGGCAUAUCCGCUUCUCCGAAGAGUCACCAUGCACACAAUGGCGGAUGAUAUAUUCAAGCAGGCAAACGUUGUCAUUGUUCUCGAUAAUGCCAUUCCCAAGGUGGAUCAAUGUCCUGAAGAAUAUAUUAAAAUGGUAACCAGUGAAUGUGCGAAGUAUGGAGCGCUCAUUAAUCAGAAUGCAGACAAGGACGUGAAAGUGGUUGUGGCAGGAAGUAGCUAUGUAAACCUGAAGGCACUAAUAAUCGCAAGCAAUGCCCCUUCCAUCAACCAGCAUAAUAUCGUGGCAUUGCCAACACAGCUGGAAUUUGAAGCUAAAGCUCUGAUAGCAAAGAAAUUGAACACACAAUCAGCAGCUGUCAAGGAUGUGAUUGUCUGGGGGAAUAUUAAUGGAAUCAAUCACCUAGAUCUUCGUGACGCAAAAAUUUACCAGUAUGAUAGCUCUGUGUGGGGACCUCCAACCUUCUCACGUCCGUUGCUUAAUAUGAUAUAUGACAGGAAAUGGCUUAAGAAUAACCUUGUACAAGAAUGGCAUGAAAGAAGGGAGCAUCGUUCCGGCAUGUCAGCUGCCCAUUGUAUAGCCAAAGUUUUGUCGUGGUGGCAUAAGGAUUCGGACACCGGAGAGAUAGUUUCAUUGGGUGUAAUGAGUGAAGGGGAGUUUGAGCUGCCAGCUGGUAUUGUUUUCUCCAUGCCAGUGCGAUUCCAGCACGGAGAUUGGCAGGUGUGUAUUCAAGUCACCAUCCCAGAGGAAAUGAAAGAAAUUUUAUUGCAAGCAGCCAAGGAGCUAAUCAAGGAAAAAGCAAUUGGGCUAGGAUUGCCCCAAGAAUAUGAAAUAAAUGACAAACCAAGCGAACAAGCAGUUAUUGAACCAAGUUUUGUGGAGCUUCUACCAAAACCUGAUGUGGAAAAUAGCAGUGUGCUUCCAAUAGAAAAUAUCAUCAGUGAACCCGUGGAAAGAAUUAGCAGUCCAUUUAUAGAAAAUAUAAGCGAUCAACCUGUGGAAAGGAUUAGUAGUCAACCCGUGGAAGAUAUAAGUGAUCAACCAGUGGAAAGAAUCAACAGCCCAUCGGUGGAAAAUAUCAACGAUCAAACUGUGGAACAAAUCAGCAGUCCACCAUUGGAAAACAUCAGAGAAUAACCUAAUAGGUUUAUUUCUAAGUUUCUGUUUUGUUUU